AUGAACGGUAAACAAAACAUUGAGACGUCGAGCCUUUAUUCAGAGAUUCGGUGCCAUUAGCCCCUAGCCAUAACAACAAAAAAUGGAGUUGAACGUAUAUUUGGCUCAAAUUAAAAAGGAACCUGAAGGAGCCAGUGCUACUGUGCGGGAGCUCAAGAUUCCCAAUAAGUACGAUUCGUUCUCACCAGAUACUGUAGGCGUAUGUGCAUCCGAGCGUCAGCAGACAAGUGGGCAGACUGAGGCUUUGAAUUUUAAACAGACUCUUCCUGAUACCGUCCAUAAUGAAACGAAUAUAAUUGAUAACAUAUACGAGGAUAGUUUUGGAAGCAUUAAUGCCGGCAGUAAGCCUCCAAUAUUACCCGGGCCAAAAACGCAGUCUGAGGAUCAGGUAGGCAAUGUUUCGAAGUUGCGCAAGCGAAGCUACUGCGCCAAUAAGUUGUUCGACUGUGAGGUAUGUGGCAAAGAAUUCCUUCGAAAGCAUGAUCUGCAUCGGCACGUAAACACUCACACUAGCGAGCGACAGUAUAAAUGUGAAAUUUGUGGCAGAGAAUUCCUUCAGAAAUUUCACCUGCAAAACCACUUUACCACCCACACUUGCGAGCGCCCCUACAAAUGUGAAAUAUGCGGCAAUGUAUUUGCCCGGCGGGAUAGCUUAGUUGCUCAUAAACUCAUUCACAGUAGUGAUCGACCUCACAGGUGUGAGGUGUGUGGAAAAGAAUUCCUGCUAAGACAUCGCCUGGAGCUACACAGUGUUACACACACUGGCGAACGAGCAUACAAAUGUGAAAUAUGUGGCAAAGAAGUCCGCCAGAAACGUUAUCUGCAGCAACACCUCAACACUCAUACAGGCGAGCGCCCGUACAAAUGUAAAAUAUGUGCCAAAGAAUUUACCCAGCAGGGUAACUUGAUCACGCACAUGCUCAUUCACAGUAAUGAACGAUCGCAUAAGUGCAAUGUGUGUGGCAGAGAAUUCGCGCGGAAGCAGACGCUACAACGACACAUUACCAGUCACAUGGGCGGACGAACACAUAAAUGUGAUAAAGAAUUCUUUCAGAAGACUAGCCUAAAACAGCACGUUGCUAUCCACACUGACUAAAGUCUGUAUAAAACUAAUGAACGAGCGCAUGGUAUAAAUGUAUAACGGCAGUAAGCAGUCGCUUAUGCGCAAAGGGUGUGGCAAAGAAUUUUCUGAAGUCAUCCAGUUUGAGAUAUACUAACAUCUAGCUGUUAGUAAAAGAUAGCACCAUGGAAAUUAUGAAUGAACUGGCCGAAACAGAUGCAUCCCAGAAGAUAAAAAAUCAAGUGGUAGGCGGUCAAUAGUUAGUAUAAAUCCGCGAUUAAUUAACAGAUUGAUGAUGAUGCACGGUUCUUCCCGCCUCUGGCCUGCGAAAAUUAGAAUUGUAGAGUUACUGUGAAAUAUGUGAUAUUAACUGAAGGGACCUGUAUUUUGUAAUGUGCGUAAUAUGAGAACAUACGCAUUAUUAUUUGGAAUGCCGAUACCGAAAUACGAUGUUUUCUAAACAAAUAAACAUUUUUUCAAGGAAAUUUGCCAUUUCGAAAAUU